AUGAACGGCUCCUGCUGUGGAUCCUUCUCCUCCCAGAGCUGUGGAGGCUGCUGCCAGCCCUGCUGCUGCCGAGACCCCUGCUGCUGCCGCCCAGUGUCCUGCCAGACCACAGUGUGCCGCCCUGUGACCUGUGUGCCCCACUGCACCAGGCCCAUCUGUGAGCCCUGCCGCCGCCCCAUCUGCUGUGACCCCUGCAGCCUGCAGCAGGGCUGCUGUCGCCCCAUCACCUGCUGCCCCACCUCCUGCACAGCUGUGGUCUGCAGACCCUGCUGCUGGGCCUCCACCUGCUGCCAGCCCAUCUCUGUGCAGGCUCCCUGCUGCAGGCCCCCCUGCUGCCAGCCUGCUCCCUGCCGUACCACCUGCAGGACCUCCCCCUGUCUCCAAGAAAUUUUUAUUGCUUACCACCUGCAAGCCACAGAAUGCAUAGACUAUGAGAGACAUUCAACUGAGGUUUUAAAAUUUUCCCCUCAAAAAUAUCACAAGUUCCCACCCCUAAGUCCCAGCUGUUGUCAGCCCAGCUGCUGCCAGCCCAGCUGCUGCCAGCCCAGCUGCUGCCAGCCCAGCUGUUGUCAGUCCAGCUGUGGCACUGGCUGUGGCCAGGAGGGUGGCAGUGGAGGCGUGAGCUGCCGAGUUAGAUGGUGCCGCCCAGACUGCCGCGUGGAGGGCACCUGCCUGCCCCCCUGCUGCGUGGUGAGCUCCACACCCCCAACCUGCUGCCAGCUGCACCAUGCCCAGGCCUCCUGCUGCCGCCCAUCCUACUGUGGACAGUCCUGCUGCCGCCCAGCCUGCUGCUGCUACUGCUGCCAGCCCAGCUGCUCUGAGCCCAGCUGUGGCACCUGUGGCUCUAGCUGCUGCCAGCCCAGCUGCUCCCAGUCCAGCUGCUGCCAGCCCAGCUGCUGCCAGUCCAGCUGCUGCCAGCCCAGCUGUUGUCAGCCCAGCUGCUGCCAGCCCAGCUGUUGUCAGCCCAGCUGCACACCCCCAACCUGCUGCCAGCUGCACCAUGCCCAGGCCUCCUGCUGCCGCCCAUCCUACUGUGGACAGUCCUGCUGCCGCCCAGCCUGCUGCUGCUACUGCUGCCAGCCCAGCUGCUCUGAGCCCACCUGCUGCCAGCCCACCUGUUAAGACCCAGGGUGCUGCCAGCCCGGCUGCUGCCAGCCCAGCUGCUGCCAGUCCAGCUGCUGCCAGCCCAGCUGCUCCCAGUCCAGCUGCUGCCAGCCCAGCUGUUGUCAGCCCAGCUGCUCCCAGUCCAGCUGUUGCCAGCCCAGCUGCUGCCAGCCAAGCUGCUGUGGAACUGGCAGUGGCCUGGAGGGUGGCAGUGGAGGCGUGAGCUGCCGAGUUAGAUGGUGCCGCCCAGACUGCCGCGUGGAGGGCACCUGUCUGCCCCCCUGCUGCGUGGUGAGCUCCACACCCCCAACCUGCUGCCAGCUGCACCAUGCCCAGGCCUCCUGCUGCCGCCCAUCCUACUGUGGACAGUCCUGCUGCCGCCCAGCCUGCUGCUGCUACUGCUGCCAGCCUCACUGCUGCCAGCCCAGCUGCUCUGAGCCCACCUGCUAA